AGAACUCUCCCUAACUUUGCUUUAGCUUUCAAGACCACUAUAACCAAGCCACAAAUUCAUCUGGAUAAAACAAUAUUUCGAUUAUAAAAUCCUAUAUAUUUCCUUAUUAAACUUAAUUGUCAUAUACACGAAGCCAAAAUGGCGGAAGUUUUGGACAACAUACAACGACUUACGUUUGACUAUCUCGAUGAACUGGAAAAGGAGCCCGAAGGGCCACCCAAGUUGACCAAAGCCCAGAAGAAGGCCAACAAAAAGGAGGCCAAGCGAUUGGCCGUUAUCGCGGAGAAGCGCCUUAUCAUGAGGGAUGCACUGAUGCGAGAACUGGAGAUAGGCAAGCGCAUGGAACAGCGCGGCAACGAUGAGUGGCACGAGCUGUGCCGCGAGAUCAAGAUAAAGGAGCUGAGGGAGGAAAUGAUCUCUUGGGGCGAACGCUCGGAGCGCCAGAUCGCCGCCAAGUCGGACCACAUUAAGAUGCUGCUGGAGGAUAUGACCCAGACGCAGGACCAGCACAUUCUCUGCUUCAGCAAGACGAUAGAGCUGGCUGACCACAUCAGCGACUGCUUUCACGUGAUGCUCGGCGGGCUAAGGACGAUGUACGCCCAGCAGGCGGACGAGAUGCUGCGCGACUACUACGACGAGGUGCGACGCCGCACCGAGGAAGUGGAGGCCAUGCAUCUGAACACGGACAACAUAAUCCAUGCCAGCAAUAUCAUCACGCGCGACCAGCUCAAGGAGGACUACAGCAUCUACUUAGAGCAGCGCGACGAUCGCGUCAACACAGAGAUCGAGAACAGGUUCCGCAUCCGAGACCAGGUAGCCAGCAGGAUGCUAGAGAUGCAGCAGCAGCUCAACGACUUCGUGGAGUCGCUGCGUAGCACCGAGCUGGAUGCCCAUAAGUACGAGAAAAUCAGCUGGCUUACCGAGCGCCAAGAGGCCUUCAUGGAGGAGUCGCGCAAGCUGAACGCCGAGGAGGCAAAGUACAUUAACAUGCAGGCGGAACUCCAUCGCGAGAUGGUGCGCAUAGAAACGGAGAACAACUCCACGCUGAACGACCUCCGCCUGGAGUUCCAGUACUUUACCAACGUGCGCAAGAAGAUCGAGCUCAACCAGGAGAUGGAUCGGAAUAUCACACACGAGAAGCUGCGCAUACUCACCGGCGAGUGCUACGAAUUGACCAAGCAAAUGGAGAAGCAUGUAAAGAGCGGGGAGCUACUCCUGGCCCUGUCGAUCACUUGCCGGAAGCUGCAGACCGAGGCGGAGAAGGUGAUCCUGGGCGGCGAGGUCUUCGACGAAACCGAAGUGCAGGAGGAUGAGCAGUUCAAGCUGCAGACCCUUAACCUACAGGAUCACGUGGACAUGACCGAGGAGCAGCUGGUAGAGCUCAACAAGAACAUGAAGCACUUUUGGAGACGCCAAGCGAUGGCCGAGGCCCAGAAUCUGCUGAUGCUCGAGGAGAAGCGUCGCCUCACCGAGGACAACCAGCGCUUGGUGGACUUCAUCAAGUCCAUGAGCGUCACAAAGGAUCCCGAGGAGCUGCGGUCGGCCAUGCAUGUGUUGACCUGCGAAAACCAACCCAUGCCACCAUUUGUCUUCCAGUCCAAGUGCCUGGAGUUCAAGUCCAAGAAGGUCUAUAAGUCGCCCAUGCUACAUAGGGAAAACAAGCAUGAGGCCGAGCGUAUUUUGAAGGGCGUGAUUAUGGAUUACUGAAACUAAACUCGUUGAACCACCCACAUAAAUUAACAUCAGUUCUAUGACUCUCGUUCCAUUAAAGCUAAUUUAAAAAGUAA